AUGAGUUGUUUUGGACGGAGGUCUAACAAGGCGGCUCGGAUCAAGUAUCUCCAGGCCCAACUGAGGGCAGCAGUCGAAGCAAACGACUCCCUGCUGAAGGAGGUCCAGGGAGAGAAGGAUCAGAGGGUCAAGGAGGUCCAGAAAGAGAAGGACCAGCGGAUCCAGGAGGUCCAGAAAGAGAAGGAUCAGAGGAUCCAGGAGAUCCAGAGAGAGAAGGAUCAGAGGAUCCAGGAGGUCGGAGCUCAAAAAGAGGAGAAAACAAGACUGCAGGAGCAGACUCGUAUCGGAGAAGCUGAGAGCCGUAUAGAAGAGCUCAAGGCCUCGAGUCUGGAUCAGGAGACUGACAUGAAGAGGCAACAUGCAGAGAUGGAGAAGUUAAACAAGGCCCAGAAACAGGUGGAGACCUUUAACUCAAUCCUCAACCAGAAAAAUGUAAUUAUCACAAAACUGCGGGAAGACCUCACUAAAAGCAAAGAGGAGACGACGAAACUCAAGGGAGAACUGCAGAGAAUGACAGAGUUCUGGGAAGAAGCAGAGAAGAUGUCGACCCUUUCAGAGAGCACUGUGUCGGAGCUGAAGACUCAAAUCAAAGAGCUUCAAAACAACGGGACAAAGAAAGAAACAAGCCCCAAACUCCAGGUGAAAAACUCUAUUAAAUUAGACCUGGGGAACAUGGACCGAACCCCCCUGGCACAGUUCUUCGACACUUAUAUCCAGGAGCCUCAACACGAUGCAGCCAAACAUUUCAGACAGAUGCAAGAUUUAAAUGGUUUGUUUGAGCAAAAGCUGCUGUCGAUGCAGAAGAAUCACGACACGGAGCUGGAGACUCUGUCCGUGGUGCUGAUGGUGCAGGAGCUGUCCAUGGUGCGGGAGCUGUCCAUGGUGCUGAUGCUGGUUGAGGUGGCUCAAGUUGCAUGUAUGGAAUCCAGGAGGAAGCAGUAA